UUAACUUUUUUUAAUAAAAGUUUUGUGUGUGAUUGAUAGGAAAUUGUAUAUAUAUAUAAACAUUCUUUAGCUAGAAUGAUAGUUAUUCUUCUCUCGAUUUCAAGUUAUUUCAUGCUGACAAUGAUAGUUCCCAAAGGUGUCUGUGAUGAGAUCGAGCGCAUAGUUCGGAAAUUUGUCUGGGGAGUUCAUAAUGGCAGCUCAAAGACGGCCUUGGUUAGUUGGGAUUCGGUGUGCCAACCAAAGUCUCACGGUGGUCUUGGUCUCAGACAAUUGAAAGACCACAAUAUCUCUUUCUUGAUGAAGGUUGGUUUUAACAUCAUUUCUAAUACUAAUGCCCUUUGGAUUCAGGUGCUUCGGUCAAAAUAUAGAGUCCCUAGUGGUUUACUAAUGACUUGUCAAGGAGUUGGUGUUCCUUUUUAUGGAGAUCCAUUUCUAAGGCCUUGGGUUCCUGAGGAAAUUAUCAACAAAAUAAUAGGUGUACCACCACCUCAUCCUUCGUCAAGUCCUGAUCGAAUUAUUUGGGGAGCUACCUCGACUGGCUCUUUCUCUCUCAAAAGCGCUUAUGAGAAGGUUCGUGAAGGCAUUUUCAACUUAAAAGUGCGGCCUGGGAAAUACCAUGGAAGUUUCACGGCCCUCAUCGAAUUCGUUUUUUUCAUCUAGUUGGCUCUAAAACAAUGUCUCUUAACAAAUCUAAGAGAGUAAGACGCGGCUUUGGUAGUAGCAGUGCUUGUGGCCUUUGUGGACAUGAUUAUGAAGAUGUUUUGCAUAUACUCAUAUAUUGUAAUGCUGCCAUAGGCAUUUGGGACAAGCUUAUUCCACAUGAAGAUCUUUCUGGUUUUUAUUCUGAAUCUCUUCUCGACUGGAUGAGGAACAAUUUUCAGAGCCAUUUUUCUUCUUGGGGUGGAAUCGAUUGGCCACGUCUCUUUGGGAUUAUCGUGUGGCGUAUCUGAAAGAAUCGGAACCUGUUCAUUUUCCAAGGUAUUACAUGGACUAUUGACGAGAUUAUUAAAAUCUCAUACAGUUGGGCGAGACAAUAUUUCUCUAUUUCAAGGAUUUCAUCUCGUAAAGUAAUUGGCCUUUACCUAAUAGCUGGGUGAGUUUGAGCACAAAUGGUUCGGUGAGGUUUGAUGAAGGCUUCGCUGCAGAUGGUGGCUGUGUGAGAGACCAUAAUGGUGAGUGGAUCAUUAGGUUCGCCAAAUAUUUGGGCAAUUACACCGCUUUGGAGGCAGAGAUUUGGGGAAUACUAAAUGGGUUGAACCUUAUUCUGGAUUGGCAUUUCGAGAAAAUCCUAAUCCAAACUGAUAAUAUUGAAGCUAUUAAUGUAAUCUUGAAAGAUUCUUCAGGGAAUUCUAAUUCUGCUUAGUUAGGAAAAUUCAUCUUAUCUUGAGGAAGAUGGAGCAGUGAAAAAUUCAGUAUAUUCCCAGAGAGGAAAACUUAAUUGCUGAUAGUCUGACUAAGACAGUUCAUACUAGAAGCCUAGGUUUAAGAUUGUCACAUAUUAAAUAUAUUUUAAAAUGUAUUAAAAAGCCUACCAAAACGCACCAUGUGAGUUUUUUUAAGCUAUAUUAGCAUG